AUGGAGACCGGCAGCCCGCGCAAGAUCCAGUUCACCGUCCCACUCUUGGACUCUCACCUGGACCCCGAGGCAGCAGAACAGAUCAGAAGAAGAAGGCCGACGCCCGCCACUCUGGUGGCCUCCAGUGACCAAUCAUCUCCAGAAAUUGAUGAGGACCGUCUGCCGAACCAGCUGUACAAGCAAGCCUUGUUGAAUUCCCCCAGGCAGAGAAGGAAGGGGCCUCGGGGAAACCCCACCAUGAAAGAACUCCAGUUCUUGGUGGAGCAUCACCUGUAUCGGCAGCAGCAGGGGGCUGACGAGUGCUCCUCGGAGAGCUGCCUGUCGGACCGGCCCAGCCCUGACACCAUGCCCGCCGGGGAGGAGCUGCCGGUGGACGAGGAGGGCUGGAGCACCGGGGACGCGGCCACCAACGAGGCAUUCGAAAAGCUGCGCUGUCAAAUGGAAGAGUUUUCGCGUGAGAGCCUAUUAGAGGCUUCUGGGGGGAUGGAUCUGCCCCUGUCAAAAGAGGAGAUGGGGCCAUGUGCCUCCAACGCGACACCGACACAGAACACGAAACCAGCAGACGGCCCUGCGUCAGCACCUGAGAAGACACAGAAGCCCAGUGCGGAGAAGCAGAAGUAGGCUGCACUGGGGCAGAGCUGGCUCAUUGGAAUAGGGACAAACGGCAACACUUUAUUUUAGCAAUA